AUGACAGACUACCUGCACUUGCUUCUAAGUAACCACAGUGAGUCCUCAUUGCAACUGAUGAACUUACUCAACCUAACUGAGGAGGAUUUCGCCAUCAUGAUGAACAUGAGUAGUCAACGCCUCGCGGUUAACCACACACAGUUUCACGUUAGAGAAGAGACGACCCCUUGUUACUGGUUGAGGGAUCCGUCCACCAGAUACCGCCAGCUGCACGGCUACAUAGCGCUCUUGGUGUGUGUGUUUGGAACCAUCGCCAACGUGUUGAAUGUGGUCGUGUUGACUCGUAAGGAGAUGGCGGCAGCUCCCAUCAACAGAAUAUUGACAGCUAUCGCAGUAGCUGACAUGCUCGUCAUGUUGGACUACAUACCCUUCGCCAUCUAUAUGUAUAUUGUCAGAUACCCCAACGAGUCACCAGACUUCUCAUAUGCUGGAGCGUUGUUUAUUCUAUUCCACAUGCACUUCUCACAGAUUCUUCACACUAUUUCAAUCUGUCUGACUCUAAUUCUGGCUCUUUGGAGAUAUUUUGCCAUAAGGUAUCCACAGAAGAGCCAGCAGCUCUGUUCAGAUCACAACUGCACGUUGGCUUUAGCUCUUGCCUUCGCCCUGCCUCCUAUCAUCUGUAUACCUUCCUACCUAGUAUUCAGCGUCAGAUCGACACACGUAAUCGAGAAACAUCAAGUCGUCACACUCUACUUCUUGGGCCUUUCGGAUCUCGCCCGGGAAAGGAACGAACUUCUCUACAACGUCAACUUCUGGGUUUACGCCGUGGUCAUCAAACUAAUACCUUGCGUGGUGCUUACCAUCGUCAGCUACUAUUUGAUAACCAUGCUUUAUGAGGUGAACGAGAGAAGACAACGUCUGAAGGGUGACGGGUCCAAGGGAGAGAAACGAGUGGAUCGCACAACCAGAAUGUUGGUUGCAGUGUUGUUGCUCUUCCUAAUCACAGAAGUUCCUCAGGGCGUUCUAGGUCUACUCUCUGGUACUUUGGGUCGACAAUUCUUCAAAAACUGUUACCAUCAGUUCGGGGAGCUUAUGGACAUCCUGGCACUCAUCAACGGUGCUAUAAACUUCAUUUUGUACUGCUCAAUGAGUCAACAGUUCCGUACAACGUUCAGUCAGUUGUUCAAGCCCAAGAUGUUGUCCAAGUGGGCGCCUCCAGAUACAGAACACAAAACAUCAUUUGUAUGAGACGAACUGACCAACACUACAUGUGUAAAGGACGGCCAAGUUAUUACAACAAGCUUGUAAUGCAGGAAUGGAAAAGAAUGGGAA